UUUCGAGAAAUAGAAUAGUAGUUAUAAAACAAAUUUGUGUUAGCACACGAUAUAUAUAGAGACGAAUUGAAUUGAAGCACCAUUUGAUUUCUUAUGAUUUCUACUCGUAUUAUCCAUAUAUAAAAACAAUGGCUUUGGAAGCACCACUUUCCACCACAAAUGACAUCUUCAACCACCAUACACCGCCGUGCGCCGCCGCCGCAUUGCCCGCCAUCUGCUCAUCGGAUUUCCGCGUCGGCGGCCGCUCCGGCAUGUUGCGGCCAAGGCGGACGAUCGACUCGGUGAUCGCGUGGGAGGGAGAGGGGUACGAGGCGGCAGGCGGUGGCAGGAGGAAGCGGAAGAGGAGGCCGAGGGUAUGUAAGAAUAAAGAGGAGGCGGAGACUCAGCGGAUGACUCACAUUGCCGUCGAGAGAAACCGCCGUAAGUUGAUGAAUGAACAUCUCGCCGUCCUCCGCUCCCUCAUGCCGGAAUCCUACUCUCAAAGGGGUGACCAGGCGUCAAUAGUGGGUGGGGCUAUAGAAUUUGUGAAGGAGUUGGAACACCACUUGCAACUACUAGAAGCUCAGAAGCUCCGACUGGGAGGCGGCGGCGGCAGAGCAACCACGGAGACAGCCGCGGCCACGCCUCCCCCGGAGGCAGCGGGGGAGACUACGCCGCCGCCUCCGCCGCCGUUCUCCCAAUUCUUCGCCCACCCUCAAUACACAACGGCAAAAGGCACGGCGGCGGACAUCGAGGUGACGUUGGUGGAAACGCAUGCAAACGUUCGAAUCCGGUGGAGGAGAGGCGGCGGCGGCGGCCGGCAAGUGUCGAAAUUGGUGGCGGCGUUCGAGGCAUUGCAUAUGUCUGUUCUUCACCUCAAUGUCACCACCUUUCAUCCCUUGGUUCUCUAUUCUAUCAGUGCUAAGGUGGAAGGGGGUUGCCAGCUACAAUCUGCAGAUGCAAUAGCAUGGGGAGUCCACCACGUCCUCAUCGGAUUAACACAAGACGAAUUACCGCAUCCCUCUUAAUUAUUUUUACUGCGUGCAGUAACUCUUCUCCUUCCACUACCUUUCACUGUAACAU